UCACCCUCAUGUUGUUCAAGGGGCGCGGGGCAAGGGGCUCCCUGAGGACAUCAACCACAUCACACAAAACGCACAAACAGGCACGCUCUCACAGUGCUCCAUCUCUCCCUCCCUCCCUCCCUCCUUGCUGAAGAGCCUACGCCUUGCUCGAGGGUCGCUGGUAUGAGGGACCUGGUCAAUCAAUCACCGAGAAGCCAGCCAGUGUGUGUGUGUGUGUGUGAUGUCACUGCACCACCGUUGAGACACUGACCCUUGGGAGGUUUGGGCGCCUUAGGGGGCAGGCCCGACUUGGCCGCCUUCUGGCGCUUGGCCGCCGUCUCCUCCCGAACCUUCAAAGCAGCCAACUCGUCAGCAGUCAUCGAUACGAUCACUGGCACAAACAGAGAGAGAAAGAGACAGAGAGACACGAGCGGUCCAUACGCACGUGAGAUGACGCGUGAGUCUUACUCACUGGGGUCAUAUAUGCUGCGCAUUCCCUCCCCAAGCCCACCACCGGCAGCAGCCCCAGCACCAGCACCAGCAAUCUCCACACAAGCAGGCGACGACAUGCGGCUGUCACCCCUCUCAUAAGCGACCCCUUGCUAGGUGUGGCAGCCCCGCCACCCAGCGCACCCGCAGCCCUCUCCAAAUCGAACGCGACGGGCGUCAAAGCCCCGAACACAGGCGACUGUCGCACCUUGGGGCGCACCGAGACAGCGGUGCCUUCGGAGCGCCUGUUCCUCACGGGAACGGCCUUGGGUUCCACAGACAUGGCGCGACGGUAGGCAACACCUCCACAGGGCGAGUACAAACCCGGGAUAUAGCGAUUCUCACUCACAAUCUUGACCACAGACUCUGCACAGACACAGAGACACACAAAAAUUGCGAACUUGGGGGUGAAUUGAUGAGUUCUUCCACGGUUCCUGGCUUCCGUGAGGCUUGUGAGCCUAUCUCUCAUCCCACUCCAUUCGUCUGAGUCCCAUUCUGACUUCCUGUCCUUCUCCAAGCUCACUGCAGUGAGACGCAUGCACCGUGCUGACCCUUUUUCUGCUGCUCCUCCUGCGCAGCGAUGACAAUAGGGGCCGGGCGGACCUCAACUACCCCAAUGACAUCCUUGGUGCGGUAGAAGGGCUCAUAGGUCCCGGUGCGGGGUGGCGUGGCUCUCAUGCGAGCAGACAUACUCAUAUUACCGCGGCUGCCACUGUCAGGCUGAGCUGAGUCACGCUUCCUUUGGGGACGCUCCAUUGGAUGAGAACGAGUGGCAGUAAUGAG